AAGCAAAAUAUGACGUCCACUCUUUCCUCUCCAUUUCCACAGAUUAAACGUGCUCCCCAAGCUCAUUUUCCGCCAUCCUUGUUUAUAAAUCCAUCCCCUCAUCCUUUUCUACGGCUUCAAUUCUAUCAUCUACUUCUGCAAUACAAUCAUAUUUGAUCGAAAAUCGAGACCGGGAGAGGAGGAGAAUCGGAAUUGAGGGCCACGAGUGUUUCCGCCAUCUAGAGGAGCUAAUCUCGCCUAAUCUUCUACGUUUGAAAAACUAGAGAGAGAGAGGGAGAGAGAGAGAGAGAGAGAGAGAGCAACAUGGUUGAGCAUAAUAACUCAGGAGAAGGUGAAGGAAGCAUUCAUUUGCAGAUUGACGAGCUUCUUCAUCCCCGCCUCAACGAAACAAGCAGCACCACGAUCAACACAGUGUUCGAGCCUCAGAACAGCAUUGAGAAGACAGACAGCAGCGCUACAGCUUCCGUUGGUCCUCCAACUGCACAGCCAGUCCCAGCACCAGAGAAAAAGCUGACCCUUUUCGCGCUCCGUCUAGCAGUGCUCGAAAAGACAGCAACCGGCCUAGGAACCCUCGGUUUCAUCUGGGCAACGGUGGUUCUGCUAGGCGGUUUCGCCAUUGUAUUAGACAAGACCGACUUCUGGUUCAUCACGAUCAUUUUGCUGAUAGAAGGGACAAGAAUUUUCAGCAGGAGCCAUGAGCUGGAGUGGCAGCACCAGGCCACGUGGUCCAUAACCGAUGCUGGUAUCAACAGCUUUCGUGAACUGCGAAUCAGCUCAAGUGCCGUGAUCCACAGCAUCAGAGCAUUUUUCAGGCCUGUGCAGAAACUUGCAGUCAGGAAACAAAGUCAACGCAGCAGAGACAUUACGAGGACUAAUGGAAGUUCAGAGUCGUCGCGAAACUCUGAUCUUCAGAGGAAGAUAGUCCGGACUUGGACUAGCUCGGAAGUCCCUCUCCUGCCUUACGCGCAAUGGAUUUUUCGCGCAAAGCAUAUAAGUAAGCUGCUCUACUGGCUCCAGCUCCUGUCCGCCUCAUCAUGCGUGGCUCUUUCGCUGGUGAAGCUCGUGAAGCACAACUAUGGAGAGGUCGCAAAGGGGGACACUGACAAGAGGAACAGGCAGUCUGCUCUUAUUAUAUUUUAUUCGUUAGCAUUGGCAGAAGCUCUGUUGUUUCUUAUGGAGAAAGCUUACGGUGAGAUUAUGAUAAGCUAUUGUAAAUUGUUGGAGGAGGUGAACGAGGAGUGUGAUUUGGGGCCUUCGGGGUUGGUUUCGGUUAGGAGGUUUUUUUAUGAUGCGUAUUCGAGGUGUGUUGAUGGAAGCAUUUUUGAUGGCUUGAAGAUGGAUAUGGUUACUUUUGGAAUAGACUUGUUGGGUUCGAAUUCCCCUGAUGAGAAGCUCAUUGGAGCGAGAAUUCUUCGACAGUUUUCAAUGAACCAUCGGUAUUCAGAUGAUACAUUGCAGAAGAUUGGUCUAAAUAUUGCGGUGAUUGAAAGAUUGAUUGAGAUUUUGAAUUGGACAGAUCAAGAGGAGGAGGAGAUCAGAAGGUCAGCAGCACAGAUUUUGUCAAAACUCGCUGGCAAAAAUCAGAACUCCAUUCGGGUAGCUGGAGUUCCCGGCGCAAUGGAAUCAAUCUCAUCUCUGCUCCAAACCUGCAGGAGCUCAAGUGGUGCAGCUGACGAGAUCAGUGAAAACAGGAUCAUUUCUGACCACCCAAACUACGGAUUCUUGACAUUCAACCAUUUGGGAUUACUUAUUUUGAAGAAACUUGCACGUGUUCACGACAACUGUGGGAAGAUUGGAAACACAAGAGGCCUCCUGCCCAAGAUCAUAGACUUUACGCAUGCUGACGAGAGGCUUCUAAAAGAAGUGACUGAUAUGCCACACGAUCAAAUACUGACGCUAAAACGAUCACUCCAGUUGGUGAAGAGGCUUGCAAGCACAACCGGAAACACAGGAAAGAACCUAAGGAGAAAUCUUUCGGAGAUAGUUUUCACAAUCAGCAAUAUUAGAGAUAUUUUGAGAUAUGGAGAGAAGCAUCCAAUGCUGCAACAAUUGGGAAUUGAAAUCUUAACGAGUUUGGCGCUGGAAGCAGAUGCAACUGAGAGAGUAGGUGGAACAGGUGGAGUUCUUAAGGAGUUGUUCAGCAUUUUCUUCAACAAGGGAAUGCUGGAGAAUAAUAAACAGGUGAGGACCAAAGCUGGAGAAGCGCUGGCUAUGCUGGUGUUGGAGAGCAAGAAUAAUUGUCUGCGGAUGUUAAAAUUGGGAGUACUGGAAAACCUCGUUGAAGCUCUUGAGGUUCAAUUGCUUCGUGUAAAUGCUGCUAGGAUUCUUAGGAAUCUGUGCACCUACAACGGCUCAAACUGUUUCCACCAGCUGAAGGGAAUUACAAAUGCAGCACCUACAGUGCUUCGAGCAAUCACUUCAGACGAACACAAACUGCAGGAAGCAAUGGUAGGACUAGCAGCACCGGUUCUUACAUUCUUGUCUCCCGAAGAAUCAAACCUCAUGUUUAAGAAAGCCGGAAUCACUGAGGGAGAAGUGGCAAAUGAAAUAGUCCAGAUUCUGAAGAAGUACAGGCAUCCACCGAUCAAAGUUCCAAGAAUAAGGAGGUUUUCCAUAGAGCUGGCAAUUUGUAUGAUGAGAGACAAACCGGAAAACGUCCGAGUUUUCAGGGAUUUGGGGAUGGAAAAGGAGCUGGAUUUUGUGCUAGAGACAACCGCAGAACUCGAAAGCUUCAACAUUUUCUCUGGUACCGUAGGAAUAAGCCGGCACAGCACGACGAUCCAUUCGCUGGUAGAGACUGCCUUGGGGUUGCUAGCUGAAGGGUCAAAUGAUGCAGCAUAAUGCAGCAUUCAUCAAAUUCAUUACUUAUGUUUGCCCUUAAAUUCAUCAAAUUCACUUAAACACAUAUUUGAACUCCGUUAAUUUUUUGGAGAAAGUUCUUGUACUGUAAAUUAAACCGUAAACACGAUACACAAAUUAUCACCAUUCAAAUUUCUACUUAACCGGAGGAAGUUGUUGCCUUU